UUUGUGUGGACACGUCUCAUCCACGGAGGACGACAACAUGGCGGCCUCCUUGCAUCUGGGUCGUCAAGGGAUUUUAUUUGGCCUCAGAUUAUCUAAUUUUAAUAAAUGUUUAUGGGCCACACACCCAUGGCAAGAGCAUGCCAGACACUUCUUUCAGUCACCAUGGUUCCUCGGUGUCAGCCCACUCAAAGUGCAAAUGCCUGCUCUCUCCCCCACCAUGGAGGAGGGAAACAUAGUCAAAUGGCUGAAGAAGGAAGGUGAGGCAGUGGCAGCAGGUGAUGCCCUUUGUGAAAUUGAGACUGACAAGGCUGUUGUUACCUUGGAAUCUAAUGACGAUGGUGUCUUGGCAAAGAUAAUGAUGGAGGAGGGCAGUCGCAACGUGCCCCUGGGCACUCUCAUUGCCCUUAUGGUGGAGGAAGGGCAUGACUGGAAGCAGGUUGAGAUCCCCCCCCCAGAGGCUGCAGCUCCACCUGCUAUACAUGCAGCUGCUGCCCCAGUUGUGCCCCCUGCUGCUCCUUCUCCACCUCCUCCACCAAAACCAGCCUCAUCAGGACAGUUACGUCUGAGUCCAGCAGCAAGACAUAUCCUGGACACCCAUGGUGUAGACCCAAAAUUGGCCACACCCACUGGACCAAGAGGACUUAUCACCAAGGAAGAUGCGUUGAAUCUCUUGAAGAUGUCUCCUGCCCCCAAAGCAACCCCAGUCAUGGCUGCCCCAGCUGCCCCAAGUCCUGUCCCCACCCCAGCAGCUACCCCUCCACCCACAGGCAGCAGACCCAACAUACCUCCCCUCUCUGUACCAGGGAAACCAGGAGCACCGGGCACUUUCACAGAGAUCCCGGCCUCAAAUGUCCGCCGUGUGAUUGCUCAAAGACUAACGCAAUCGAAGACCACCAUCCCCCAUGCGUAUGCCUCAGUUGACUGUGACAUGGCUGCCGUCAUGGACCUCCGCAAAGACUUGGCCAAUGAACAAAUCAAAGUGUCUGUUAAUGAUUUCAUUAUCAAGGCAGCUGCUGUUACACUUAAAGAGAUGCCAGAAGUGAAUGUGACCUGGUCUGGUGAUGGACCCCGUGCACUUGAUUCAAUUCACAUUUCAAUCGCAGUGGCGACUUGCAAAGGCCUCAUUACCCCCAUCAUCAAGGAUGCUGCAAACAAAGGAGUCCAGGAGAUCUCAGCUAAUGCUAAGGCACUGGCCCAGAAGGCUCGAGAUGGGAAACUUCUACCUGAGGAGUACCAGGGAGGCUCUUUCAGUAUAUCUAACCUGGGGAUGUUCGGUAUCAGUGGCUUCAGCGCCGUGAUCAACCCUCCUCAGGCGUGUAUCCUUGCCAUUGGGACCUCCAGGGCCGAGCUGCGACUGUGCGAGGAUGACCAGACCCUGCGCACCCAGCAGCUGAUGACAGUUACACUGUCCAGUGACGGACGACUGGUGGAUGACGAAUUAGCCUCACGGUUUCUAGAUAAAUUCCGCGCCAACCUAGAACAGCCGCAACGCAUGGCCCUAGCCUGACAAAUAAAGUGAGAGAGCUGUGCGAAAGUGAUUGGAAAGCCAAAGCAAGAAACACCUGCAUGACAAAGCCUGUCCCGUGCUUUCACCAGCAGCGAGCUUUUAAAAAUUUGAUCUCUAUUCAUGCUUGGAUUAAGGCUCACAAAGUAGGCUUGUACAUGGUAUAACCUUCUGUUUGUGGCUUGCUUCUGGCAGAUAAUCACCAGGCUUUAUGAUGGAGGAGUUAAAUUGGGCUUCUGCUGGAGUGGUAGAGGA